CCUAAACAUGGCGGACGGAACACGCUUGCCGCUUGUCAACAAAGUUAUUUGAGCGAGAUCGCCCGCUUCGCUGGUCGUACCAUAGUUUGACCAAGUUACACUUUACGCCGCGAGUUGAAGGUGCCUAAGUGAGAAAUUGUGAUAAAAAGUGUAUAAACAUUUUAGUGUGAAUUAUUAUUUUUAUUUCGUGGAGUUAUAUUUUUUGUUUAGAAAAGUGAUGCAUAACUGUUUACCUAUGAAAGACGGUACUACUUGUAUAAUAUGUGGACAUGCAUACCGAUAAGAUUUUUUAUGUAGGAUAUUAUAGAUAAGUAAAAAACAAUUAAGAUUAUUUGUGAUAAAAGAGAGUGAAAUGAAAUCUCGGAGGAUCUUGGCAGGAAAUAGGUUAAAGUGAAGCGAAUGGCAGCGGCGAUGCGGCGGUUUUACUACGAGGAGGCCAAGAGGCCCUAACGUGGCGUGCAUCCGCCAUCGCGAUCACUAUGUCGAGUGCAUUGUCGCAUAGUGCCUCGCCCACCGGCGACGAUCAGAAUAGACGCCGUUCCGUUUUUUAUGUGCCAUUAUUUGAAAGUUUCGAAAAUUAUUUACCCUUGACCCCGGAAGAAAAAGAAGCGCUAAUAAAUGGACAAAACCUCGAUUGUACAUCUACAAGACCUAAAAGAAGAAAUGUUUCAGAUAGUGUAAGGUUGCAAAUUCCUUCGCGGGUCGAUUCAUCUUUUACGGAGAGCGAGAGUGAUAUAAGCGUUUUCAGUCCAGAACGUCGAUUUCGACGACCUUUAUCGUCGACUGUGAGCUCUAGUGAGGCAUUAACUAGAGUGGGUCAUCGUGAAUUAACUAGCCCCAGACUCGUGGCUGAAAGUGGUCUCAUAAGACCAAAACCAAGAUUACGAAGUACAACGUCAUGUGAACAUCGAUACGAUAGAAUAUAUUCUCCAAUGGGUGGAUCGAUCUCAUCUAAUAAACUUAAUAAUUCAUCAUCUCAUAUCGGGAAUAAUAUAGAAAAGAUAACAUCUAAGAAUCCCUUGCAAAAUUCUAAUUUAUCUUUAAUAGCGGACUCUCCUAAACUUUUAACUCCGAAUAAAGAAAAAUCUAAAACACUUCCACAAAAUGUUAGCUUGUCUUCUCCUAUUAGAGGUAGUAGCAGUUCUACAUCUAUAUUUAGAACUCCUAGAAUUACUGUUACACCAGAUAGUCCAAAUAAAAGUCCCGGCAAGAUGUCGGGUUUAAAUUUUAUUCGACGGUCUAGAAGUACAAAACUAUCUAGAAGCAACUCGCUUCUUCGUAGUAUAACAACGAGACAUAUUGAAGAAGGAUUAGAAGAACAUAUUGCAGUAGUCACAGAUCUGACCGAUGACUACGACAAGUUCGUAGAUGACAAUGGCGGUGAGACGGAAGUGAUUGGUGCUCUUAUUAGGAAACAUGAAGCUCAGGUGGCGAAUAGUCCUCUAAGUAUCCGACGUGGAUACUUAGAUGUAGACGACGACGUUGCAGUGCAUUCAGAUACAUCAUACGAAAAAGCAUGCCGCCGUGGUUCAGCGCCGAGUACUCCGGUGCCGGGAGCACAGGCACAGCACAGUCCCUCCCGGCUGGCCUCCUUUUUCUUUUCCAAGAGAUCUUUCAGAAGCAAUCCUCUCAAAAGAACAAAGUCUGCAACAAAAUUGGAAAGGGAGCGCGCGUUGGCUGCUGUACCCACUCACCCACCGUCUCAUGCAUUGCGAACUUCAAGAUCUCAUGAAAGCCUUUUGUCGGCUCAUUCACCUGCCGUAUCCACCAUGGAUUUAGGACCACCCAAUCAAGUGGAGAUACGUGCCUUGCAUUCUUCUGUUCUGGGCAGACCGCACUGUUUCGCGCUGAGUGCUGAGAACAGACCACCGAGAUACUUCGCCUGCGCGUCGCGGAAGGAGCGAGACCGCUGGAUAUACAGCUUGCGGCAAGCGGCGCGGCCAGACGAGAUGCGUACACGCCGGUGCGAGCGGACUGUCAAGUUGUGGUUAUUGGAAGCAAAAGAUAUACCUCUCAAGAAGCGGUACUACUGCGAAAUUUUGCUUGACGACACACUGUAUGCAAGAUCAUCAUCGAAGCUGAAAACGGAUUUGUGUUUUUGGGGUGAGGUGUAUGAAUUCAGCGCGUUGCCGGCAGUACGCGCCAUCCACGUCAACGUGUACAGAGAGCCGGAACGGCGCGCGCGCAAGCGGGAUAAACACGCCCUUAUUGGUAGUGUACGUAUCCCGGUCGACGACGUAUCGUCUCGAUACCUCAACGAGCGGUGGUACCCGCUAAGCGAGGGCGACAAGCCGCAGUCGCCGGGCGGCCGCGCGCCGGCGCCGCUGCGGCCCGCGUUGCGUAUCAAGUGCCGCUAUCAGAGCGUCGACGUACUCCCCCUCGAUAGUUACGCGAGGUUCCUCGAUUACCUCAAGAGGAAUUAUCGGAAGUUGUGCGAGUAUCUCGAACCAGUUAUAGGUGUGAAGGCGAAGGAAGAUAUCGGAUGUGCGCUGGUACUGUGCAUGGCGGGCGCGGGGCUGGCGCCGCGGUACCUGGCCGACGUGGUCGCGCUCGACGUGCGCCGCACCGGCGACCACUCGCUCACCUUCCGCGGCAACUCGCUUGCCACCAAGAGCAUGGAGGCGUACUUGAAGCUGGUCGGCGAUCAGUAUCUGCAGGAGACGCUGGGCGAGGCGGUGGCGGCGGCGGCGGGCCCGGGCGCCGAGUGCGAGGUGGACCCGAUGCGCGCGGGCGGCGGCGCGGCGCUGCGCCGGCAGCAGGCCGCGCUGCGGGACACGGUGGCGCUCGCCUGGCGCUGCAUCGCACGCUCCGCGCCCGCCUUCCCACCGCCGCUGAGGGACUGCUUCGCCACCUUCCGCGAGAGGUUAAUGUCAAUGGGGCGAGAGGAUAUUUCUGACAACCUGAUUAGUGCGUCUAUAUUCCUUCGCUUCCUUUGUCCAGCUAUUUUGUCACCAAGUCUCUUUGGAAUCACACACGAAUACCCGAACGAGCGGGCCGCGCGCAAUCUGACUCUGGUCGCGAAGACACUGCAAACCCUGGCCAACUUCACCCGCUUCCAAGGCAAGGAGGCGUUCAUGGAGUUCCUCAAUGACUUCCUCGAGCAAGAGGCUCCUAAUAUGAAGGCCUUCCUCAGAGCUAUAUCGACACGUCCUCAAAAUCAGCAACAGUUACAACAACAACAACAGCAGCAGCAUCACCAAGACGGAAGCAACCGUAACUCUUCAGCAUCUCAGGGUUCUACAGCUGGGUCUGAGGGUUCUAGAGGCGAGAUGGUCUCAGUGGAAGCAGACCCCGAAUGGGCUCCGCACGUUGACCUGGGGAAGCAGCUGGCUACGUUGCAUGGACUGCUGGUAGAUAGUCUGCCGAAGCUGCCUGCUAAUAAGAUACAGGAGUUGGAUCCAUUAUACGAUAUAUUAGAUGAACUAAGCAAGAGACUAGCGAGCAACGACAAUGGACCUGUUUCACAAGCAACCGAUAAUAUCUUUAGAUUCAAUGAUCCCACGUGCAGUACACCAACAAAAGUUAACAACACAGAAUCUACAGUCAAUGGUCAAAUGAACAGCAACUUCGCUCACAGUUCACCUAUUAUGAAUAAAAAUGGCGUCCAGUUUAACAUCAGUCCAUCCAAAUCAAAUGCCGAGGAAUCCAAAUAUAAAGGUUCUUUUGUAACCGUCGCUAAAUCGCCCAGUUUCAAUUUACGCUCAGCAACGUUACCGAGAAAUGGAUAUGGCUCGAGCCCAGUGAAUCAAAAUGCGAACCCUGAUCGAUACAGCUCUCAAUACAACAGCCAAGAGCAUUGCGUCAAUCCAAAAGUCUUACAGAUUGGUUUUGGCUCCGACCAAUAUCCAAAAGGCAUCAGCAACGGUAUAAAUGAAAGUCUAGAGAGAAGAUUCCAAGAGAGAUACAAGCCCAACAACUAUAACCAAACUCAGUACCACAACUCUAAUUAUAACAACACCGAAAGAUCUCCAAGUAGUGACAGUAUUAACCACAAUUAUUCCGUUAAAGAUAUGCAAAAUAUUAUAAAAGAAACAGCAACAUUGGAAGAAUUAUCCGAUUUGUUGAAGUACGCUGAUGAUUCAGACAUAGUUGACGAUAAACUUAUGAUGAACAAGAAAAAUUUAGCUCAGUCAAAAUCUAAUAAUAAUAACAUUGUUAACGGAAGCAAAACAAACUAUACUAAUAAUGGUUCAAAUGUUUCUAUAAGUGGAUUGUCUAAUGUAGCAAGCUCUGGGUAUCAAAGCAUCGCUACAUAUAGCCAAAGUUCUAGUCCCAUCGAAAACACAACACAUCACCAUCAGCCGUACGAAAAUGGCGGUCAGCCUAUGAGUCGCUAUUCGCAACUAAAUUACCAAAAACAGAGAGACAAGCAGCAUUAUGAUAACAAAAAUGAGAAAUUCUAUCCAAAGAGUCCAGUACAACAAAAAAUCGAGUAUGAUAUUCAAAAGUAUGGCAUUCAAAACUUUACUACAGCUGAUAAUACACAAACAAACACAAAUAUAAGUUCAAAAAUAGCACCGUUGGUGUUCACAAAUCCAGUCUAUAAUAUGGAAGAUAACCGUCAAUCUCAUGAUAAGAAGAAACACAAUGAAAACAGAAAUUCAAAACGUUGUCCUUGUGGUUCAUCCAGUUCAUCAAUAGAUGAGGAGGGUUUGAGCACAGACAAUGUGGAAACAAACUCAGAAGAAGGUUCUACCAACUUCAAUGAAGACCAACAGAACCGCAACAAUACCCACCGAAAACUCACCAGAGAUAAUUGUAAUUAUGAAGACAUGUACCAAAUGAGCAACCAUAGUCAUUCGCCAAGGAUGAGAGAUGAGGAAUCGUCCAGUAAUUCGCCAAGUUUAAGAAAGACCAGUAAAACUCGAAUGCCAAGAACAAAUCCUAUGCUCUCUUACUCAACAAAUCAGAAUCAACUCAACUUGAAACACUUUGGCCAACGAGGAGAAUCAUUGUAUGAAAGUAAACCUCAUCAUAUCUCGACGGAUUCAGGCUACCCAAUGAGCAGGUCAGAUUCCAAUGUGGAAGAGGUGAAUAAAGAAAUGUAUAGACUACAAAUAUCAAGAAGUCAAAAGGCAUUAUAUAAUAUGGAAAAUUUAAAGAGUUCACCUGAGAAAUACGCUAUAACAGAGAACGUGAUCUCCGAAACAAAUUAUCCAUUGGACAGAACGUAUUCGGGAGCAAAGAUGUCAAGUAGUAGGUUGAAUGAGGAUUUAGAAAGGCAUCAGGAUUAUUAUGGGGUACGAGACAGGAGGGAUUCUCCUCAAGGGGUAUUCAGUCGAGAGUCACAGUCAAGCGAGGCUAGCGAGCGAGUACCGGCACGAAGUGAACGUGAAGUGACAGGUCGUGACAAAAUGCAACGGAGGCUUAGUUUGGAUUCAGCAAGGGAUCUCACUGACAGUUCUGAUGACAUGGAAGAUACGCUAUAUAGUACAACAGGGCGAAGGCGUGCUUCAAAACAUCAAAGAACUAUUGAACAGUAUGAACGUGAGAUCGAGAGGUUAAAGCACUCGGUAGAACUACUGCGCGGGCGGCUGCCAACUGAGCCUGGUCAAGACCCCAGUGACGCCAAAAUGAAGGCCAUUAUAUCCAGGUUAAUCUGCGUAGAAGAAGAAUUGAGACGAGAACAACGUAAAAUGGCGGCAGCUCUGUCACACAAACAGCGCGUAAUCGAAGCGCAGGAGCACCGUAUCGCGGCGCUGGAUGAAGCUAACACAAGACUGCUGUCAGCGCUGGUUCACUUGCAGCAGCGCGCUCCUCACCCGUCGCCCACACACCCCUCACACAACAACACUCACCCUACGCCACAUUCACAACAUUCACACCAAGAACUACAGAUUUAACAGUGUCCACAGUUUGAUAUAUUUUAAAAAAUUAAAGAGACAAUUUCAACCUUUGAACCGCUGACAAAAUUAUGCGGGAUCUAAUCCAGUGACAAAUGAUUUAUGUGUAUACAAUUUUUACAAUAUUGAGGUCAGUAUUUAGUCUGAAGAAAUUCAUCUUACGAAUUCGAAUAAUAGCAGUCAUAUGAUGCUGUAGCGUGCAUUUCAAAUAAUUGUUAAAAAGUUCCUCCUGUAAUGCUAUUACAACUUUGCAUUCUAUUACAAUUUUUUUCGGCGCACAAUUAUAUACUUACAGCAUCAACUUUUUAAUAUUAAGACUGUAAGUCGAAUCUACUUACAUUUAUAUUUUUGUGUCUAACGAAUUUACGAGUAUGUAUUUUACUAAUUUUGAUGUUUCGAAGCACAAUAUAGCAAUAUAAGCACCUAGGUUUUCUAUCUACGACAUUGCAAUAUCAAUCUGUGAAAUAUGAAGUGGAUGUUUGUUAUAAUUUUUUUUUUUAUUUAUGAUACAAUAACAGUUCUGUCCGGUAAUGUGAAUCACAAAUUGUUUUGCCAUCUAUCUGUAACUUUGUUAAAUUGUUUCACUAGUUUUUAAAUGAAAUGCUUUAAAUGACAUUAACGUUCGUCUUGUAUCAGUAUUCUUAAUUUUGUUAAAUGUUCACGUCGUGUCGCGUCAACGUCAUGUCUACAAAAGUUUGUUUUGUUUUCUGUAGCAAUCAUACCAAAGACGAUUGAAUAUCCCUUAGUCUAGAGUUGUAGUGGCCUAACCUUGAUGCCACUACAGCUGUAGUUCUAGUGUUGUAUUUUAAAAUGUUAUAGAUUUUAUAUUAUAAGAUUUGUAUAAUAUUUUUAAGUAAAUAUAAUAAGCGAAAAAUAUUUUUAAUACCUGCGGAGUAUUAUUAUAAGAAAAUGAGAUAUUAAAAUGGAGUUAUUUAAAUACACUAUCACUUUGAAAAUAUCAAAUUGAUGACGUGAAGACAAUUUUCGAAAGCAACGCGUACGUACUGAGUAUGUUCAGUGGAUAUUUAAAUUGUAAAUAUACCCAGGUAGGUAUAUAUUAUCCUUAUAACAUUAAAUUAUAUAAAUUACGUAA